CAACACCCCCUCAAUAUGGCCGAACCAUGCACCGUGAAGGACCAUCUCAAGAUGCUGGAAUCAUUUCUGAGUCCAGGCGAAAUAAUUCGUCCUACUUCCCCAGAUUACCAAUCGAAAGUUGAGACCUGGGCUGCCCAAAAACAACUGAACCCUCACAUCGUUCUUCGACCCACAACUGUUGACUCUUUGAGCAAGGCUAUUGCCUACCUUUACUCCACAAAUCUGGACUUUGCUAUAUACGGCCAUGGGUUCAUGUCCGCAUCCGCAAGCGAUGUGUUGGUGAAUAUGUCGGCGUUCAAUGGCUUUCACCUUGAUAGAAAUUCGGAACUCGCUACGGUCGGAGCUGGACAGACAUGGUCAGAUGUCUAUCGGAAGCUGAAUGAAGUCGCACCCGAAUAUGGAAUCGUGGGAGCCCGCACCCCUUGUGUGGGCGUUGCAGGCACUAUCAUCAGCGGUGGCUUUUCAUGGCUUUCUAGAGAGUACGGGUGUAUCUCAGACCCAGCGAAUAUGCUGGAUGCGAAAGUCGUUAAGUAUGAUGGCUCGGUUGUUUGGGCAUCCUCGGAGCCGGAUCUUUUGUGGGCCUUACGUGGAGGCGGAGGUGGCUUUGGCGUCGUCGUUGAGGUUGUGCUGCGAGUGUUCCCUUAUCCGCAGAAUAUUUGGGCUGGCCCGAUUCUGAUACCGCGGGAGCAGCUGGAGGUGACAGCAGAUGAAAUUGCAAGAUUCGUUUCUCGGCCCCUUGACCCAAAGAUCUCCAUGUUUUUAUACGUCGUGAAGAAGCGGUUGCUAAAGUCCAUUGGGGCGGACUCAGAUAUGUUGGUACUUCAUGUUUUUGAUGCCUGCGGAGAAGCGCACGGUCGAGUCAACUUCCAGUGGGCCCUAAACAUCCCCGGAGCUAUUGACCAAACUAAGGUCACUACCUUUGCUGGUGUUGCCGAUUUACAGGACAAGGUGCACAUUGCCAAAGGCACCAUGAAGCAGUUCUGGUCGCCGUUGCUUCUACGAGAACUUUCAAAGGAUACCAUCAUCAACGCUGUUCACUGGUCUGAAGAUAUCGGAAAACUGGACGAAUCGCUCAGUGACUGCACCUAUUUGAUCUUUGAGCUGCUAUGUUCGCGUGACCCUGCGGGAGGAGUAGCCAGCUGCGCCUGGCCACGACCUCAAGGGGUCAAGCAUAUCUUGCUUAUGGGGCCCGGAUGUCCGGCUGAUGCCGGAUGUGACCACGAAGAUCUGGUACGAGAUCUUGCUAUCAAGGCAGGCUCCAGAGUCUUGGGAGAAAACGCAGAUCUAAAUUACCUUCCUAAUGGGUAUGAAAAGUUCUAUGACGCGGAAAAGAUUUGGCGUCCUCAUUUCGCUCAGUUGCAAAAUUUGAGAAGAAGAUAUGACCCACUGGGCAGAUUUAAGGGGGCAGUUACUCACUCUCAUACCUAA